UGUGCCUUCGUGCGCUUUAUCCCUGCACUGAUGCGAGGUUGAAAUGCAUCCAAGGCUGGAAAGCAUCUCUUCCCAUCUCACGCUCAUUUGAUUAGGUCGGAUUCUUUAUGUAAUGUAGAUUUUUAUAUAACGAUGGCUUGAAAGAAUGUCACAGAUGCACCACAGGCAGUGCAAGGCAGGCAUCCAUUAGUCACUCAAGCGCACAUGUUUUUAAAGAUCUUGCUGCCUCGGCAAUGCUGUGGCUGACUGAAGAGGAUGCAGUUCUGCAGGAAGGUGCUCUGCAAGCCUUGUAGUGCCAGAGUCACUUCACCAGAGGAGGACAUGGAAUACAAGAUGGGUGGCUGCAUCGGAAUUUCACCAAGACAGCCAGAAGAGGGCGCUCAAGAACAUGUUGUUCUGUUUCCAACCCAAGAAAAACACACCGAACCCUUGCAGACGGAAGCCCAGAAAGAUGCCGGUGUGCUGUUGACUAAAGUGUCCACCAGCCAACAGAGUUUGCUCUCCCAACCAGUGCUCCUAGAUGUCCCAAUCAUCACCGGUGUGGAGGAGAGCAGAGGUGUUGCAGAAGCCCCUGAGGACAAGGAGGAGCUGGAAUUUCCCCAUGACUUGCUGCCCAAUCUAGAUUUCAGCAGUGAAUUUAACAUCUGGGAGUCCUCUCUAGGGCCUCGCGGCAUCGACCCACUUCUCACAGAUGCCUCGCCCUCACCUCAGCCCAUUGCCACACCUCACCCAGCUGGCCAACCCUUGACCCCUCCUCCGUGCGUGCUUCUCGAACAGGAGCUCCAGGCAGCCUUCCAGGAAUGUGAGGAACAAAUGGCUUCACUUAGCGUUUCUCAUCUCAAAGAACCCAUCAGCACCAAGCAUGAAAAGGUUGAUGAAGAGGAUAAGGAAACUGGACAAGCAACAGUUACAAACUGUGAUGAGUCAUCAUCACUGCCUCAAUUUGCAGACCAGUCUGGAGAUGGUAACAACAAGCUCAUAAACAAAAGUACACAUGGAAACAGUGAGACUAGGCCCAGGCAGAUGGAUACAGUUGUGUUUAGUUUCAGGGACUACAUACUUGGAACAGAGAAUUCUGAGCCAGAAGAAUCCACAAAAGAAGAUGAGCAGAAUAAAACAGGUCCUGAUAUACAUUCAGAAAAGACAAAAGAGACAUUUAAGGAAAUGGCAGGAGAUGCCGUAUUGAAUGAGGCGUCUGUUGAUUGUAACACAGUCACUGGAGAAAUUAGUUCACAGGAUUGUAAUAGGAAGAAUAUGGUGGAAGACAUAGAACUAAAAGAAGAGAGUGUCGACUUGAAAAUUGGAAAUCAGAUUCCUACAUGCACAAUAAAUCCUACUAACGUUGACAUCAAGUAUUCUGUUAAAGAAUUAGCUGAGUCUGGAAGUCCUUAUUUUGAGAGUAAAGAUGUACUUGAGGAAUUGCAUUCAGAAAAGCAAGCAGGAUCAAAUAGUCACACUGAGGACAACACACUAAUUAUUUUUGCGAGCAACAAAGAGGCUGAGCCGGCGCAUGACAAAAGGAUGAAAAAGAAAGACAAAAAGAAGCACAAGAAAAAGAAAAAGGCGAAGAUGAACAAAGAGACCGAAGUGGAGGAGAGGGCAGCAAGACAAGUUGAAAAUGAAUUACAGGGUGUCCCACUUGUAAGUACAGGAAAUCAUUGUCACACCGAGCCAAUUGCAUCUUUAGUGUCAUGCACAGAGACUAUGCCGUGCGGUGCACAUCUUAAUGAUGGCUUUUAUCGCAAGGGAACGCCAAGCCCUUCCCUAUCAUCUUCUCAUAGCCAGCAGGAUAAUUCUAUUGACUUGGCAUGUUCUGCAUCCAGUCUUGUUCCUUCACACUUUAAUCAGUCCGAUAACAUAAACGUAACGAAUGCUCAGUGUGGCAAAAAUAGCAAUACUGACAAAAUCCCACAGAGGACACAACAUACAACCGCAAGUCUCAUCAGUAAGCAAAAGAUAACAGAUGUCCAGACUACAGCUGAAGUUCUCGAUAAGGAAUCAGAAACGCAAUCACAUAAGGAUAUUGUUAGCACUGAAGGACAGAUACACAAACUAGAGAGCCCAUUUUCCAGUAUCCCAGCUUGUGUGGGAGAGAUUUGCGUGGAGAGGGCCAAUGAAGAUGCUUUAAUGGAGGCUGCUGCGUUGCCAGUAACAACACCCACGAUGCGAGAAGUGAUCAAAAGUGAGGGAGAAAGCAUGAGCUGUGAUUCAGUGGAGGGAGUAGCUACUAAAGCUAUAGCACGCAUUGGGAAAGGACAGGCUGAAAUACACUCGGAGGGAAACAAAGAGAGGAAAAGACUCCUGGAUAGUAGCGCUCAGCUUUCAUCUGUCUGUUACUCACUUGGUUCUUUAAAAGAACAGAGACGAGUUGUUAGUGAGGAAAGCUACGACAGCAAAAUGCCACACACUUCGGUGGAGAGUUGUUCAAAAGAACAGAGGGAGACGAGCAGCGCGGAAGCCGCGAUCUCUCCGCCAGAAGAGUGUGACAGAGAAAAGGAGCCACUCUGGUUUGAAGGCAAUUUUAAUAAUUUUCCCCACAGGAUACUUGCUGGUGCUGAUCAUCUGAAUGAUAGCGCUGCAGGACUAGAGGGAGGAGGAGUGGCUGAGCGCAGUUCAUUCAGCCUUCCGGAGGGGGCUGCUAGAGGGGCGUCGGAUGCUGAGAAAAAGACGUGUCCACCCACUGAUGUUGCCGAGUCAUUUCUGAAGUCACUGAGCAGUGGUGAGACGAUCAUUACCAUCACAGACAGCCUGUGCACUGAGGAGGAGCUUACUGGAGCAUUUUCACCUUUGCCACAUCAUAGCGAACAAAGAAAUACAGAAAGCAGAGCCAGCAAACAGCACAAUCUGAAUUCUGGGGAGCCACCGUGUUCGGGAACCACUUGUGAGGCGUCGGCCAUCACAGAGACUUCUCUUACUUCUGCCAGCAAAAAUCAACAGGUGCAACCUGAAAGCAGCACACCCAAAUCCACGGCAACAAAGAGAGAAGUCGAGAUCCAAGAGCAGGUUGAAAACCAAACCAUUAGUGUGGGUAAGUCUGCACUUCUCAGAAGUGGAGGCAGCAACAGAGUUCGCUUUGUGGAGCGUGUGAAAGAAGACUGUAGUGCCACUAUUAAGGUGAGAAACAUGUCAAUGGGAUGUGCUUUGGGAUGUGCUUCAUUGCCACCGUUGACGGUACAUGAGAGUUUGUACCAUCCCGUUGUUGAGGCCAGCUAUAUUUACCCAGACUUCCUCAGCUUAAUAAAUCCAGAAACCAGCACUGACGCUUCUUCUACCAAAGCUGAAGCAGUAUUUCAAAGUGCCACACCGAAGUCUGAGAAUGGCAUUCUUUUGGAUACAGAACAUACAUCCAAGAAUGCUGACAGCGAUCCAUCAGAAAAAGACAGGAAAAGGCCAGCUGAAAAAAAUCUUAGUAGUAUGGAACAUAUUGACUCUCUUGAAAAAAACAUAGCUCCCACGGGUGCUUCUGCAGAACCAGCAAACUGCACGGAAGAGCCUAUACAACUUGCCAAGAAUGAAGUUAACAAAACAGCAAAGAAGGAGCAAAGUGAACAAACAUCAGAACAAAGUGAGAGGACAACAAAUCACCUAGAACAAGAGAAGUCAACUGGUGAACAAACAGAAGAAAAACUGGAUCAGAUGGAAACUAAGCAGGAAGAAAAGGGCAUUGCAGUUUUGUGUCUAAUGCCAAAAGAAAUUAACACACUUGAGAUCAAAACGGACAGCAAAGACCCAAUCAAACCUGACAAGCUAGAGGAGACCAAAAGUGAUGAGUUAGUGGUCGAAGAAAGAGAGAGUUCAAGUUAUGUCAGUAAUGUUACCUUUAAGCCAAUAGAAAAUGUCUUUACCGAGUCUCCUGAUAGACAGCUUUCAAGUGAGCUUGAUUCCAUCUCUAAUUGUGAAACUCCGAUGUUGACCUGCUCAGUCUCUCCUCAGACAAAACACAGAGACCUCAGCUGUCAGCCUCCUGCUGAGUUUGCUCAACCACCCUCUCAUGCACUAGUUAGCACAGAGUCAAUUGAAUCUAGGAAGGACUCAAAGUCUGUGACUCAUGUUGACCUAAUAAAGGACGAGUCAGUAAUUGCAGAGGCAACUGCCACUGAGCGGUCAAUUUCUGUUCGGGAGCAAUGUGCCAGUAGUUCUGCAUCGAUGCUGCAACCUCAAAGCCCAAUGUUAAGUGACUUGGAGACGGUUGAUGAAUUUGAUGUCUCUCUUUUUGAGGGAGUUGGUGGUGACAAUGCUGAGUGUGACAGUACCAAGACACCUAAGUCUUUAGUAGAUGAACAGGAAAAUGGAGAAGCUCAAAAUGGAGGAGCAAAAACGUGUUCGAUACAAGGGGAUAGAAAUGAUGCUGAGUGUAUCACCUCGCUGCCAUCUGACUGCAAACUGACACCUUUACAAGAGGAAAAACAACCUCCAGAGUGUGUACUGGCAAACGAUGGCUCUAAUAAUAUAAUGACUCAAGCAACAGCCGAUCUCAUGAAUGACAUCUGCCUACUCAGCUCUAACAAGCCCAGUGGGAUGUGCGAUAACACUGAACUGUGUGAUGUCAAGGAGAAACAGAACAGGGAUGAGCAAAUGUCUGUGUCACUCUGUGACAAAACCGAGCAGCUCAACAAUCGAAAGGAAACAGAAGAUGCUGGCAAACUGCAUAUAGGAAAUGUGACAACUCAACAGAAUGAAAAGUCAGAUAAAGAUGCUAAAGAGGGAACUGGAGACCUGAAGCCAUCAAAUAAAUAUGACAUUCAAAAUAUUGAACCAAAUGCAGUUCAAAAUUUGGAGGAAGAAAUGCAAAGUGAACUUCAUGACGUUUACGACCAGUAUUUGCACCAAACUGGGGCAGAAACAAUGGCGCACAAGGACAACGGGGACACAUCAAUAGAUUGUAGUUCAAAUCCUGGACUGAACAGUUUGGCUCAUCAACUGGAGCAAUUGGAAAAACCACAGCAGAAUUUGCGAUCCCAAUAUUCCACAGAUGGCUUGCCAGGUGGUUGCGUGGAGGCAUUUGAAGAGGGAGGAAAGAUUAACAGCCAACUUAACCCGAUUCGAGCACCUGUUUCUGGGGUUACAGAGGUAGCGGGUGGAGACAAUGGAUCUUUUGAGACAUCAGAAGGUCAGUGUGAGUUAGCAACAGGUGACAGCAGUAUGACUGAACAAGUGGUAGAUGGAGAGAAAGUUGAAAGCACGGAACCACAAAUAAUUCCAGGAGUUGAAAGGAUUGUUGUUCCUCUUGUCUGUGAGUUAACUGAUAGUUUAAACUCAAUUGGACAAAAUGCUUUAGUGCAAACAAAGACAGCUCACAUGGAUGAGCUUAGAAUUGAAAUGAGUCAUGAUAAAAACUGUGGUUUAGCAAAGGAGGGCUCAGGAACAGAUUUAAUGCAUGACAAUGAAGUUCUGAAUAGUGUGGCUAUUAAAGGUAAGACGGAAAGCAACCAAUCAGAUUCAUUUGGAGAGGUCCAAGGAAAUCUUUGUGCCUUUAGAAGCAAUGUUUUUUCUGCUCAGCCUUUAUUAAAUGAUCAUGAUAUUUCACCUUUAGGAUUUUCUCUUUCGGAAAAAGUGGGCACAAAAUGUUAUGACUUUUAUACACAUGUUAGUAUGAGUGAAAACGAGGAAGCCAAGAUACAUGGAAAAAUAUACAGUACUGUAGAAAAGGCUCAGGCUGCGAAAAACCACAAGAGUGAAACUAAGGGGUAUAAAAUCCCGGAUACAGUAUGUGAGUCUCUUGAGGCACAAUGCUCCAAUAAAAUCUCUGCCAUACAAAAUGGUUCACUAGCACGUACUCCCAUAAAAGGCCCUCACGUAGAGGACAUUGCAGGGGAAGAAAAUGCAGAUUUCCCAGCGAAAGGAACAAGUAAUGUUGAAGUAAUUGACAAUAAAGCGACACAAAAGAAUGUACCGAGUCUAACAGUGGUUCCUCAAAAUAACAACCCAUCAUCUGCUGAUGUUUCAAACCUCGCUUGUCACUCUGAUGGCAACAUUAAGCUUUUGAAGACAAUGGAAAAUGACAAUUACCUAACUAGCAAGCCGCAACCAAACAUUGCUACAGACACACCCAGUGUUUCACCAAAGAACCCAGAUGACCAUGCAAUGUUCUCUCAGGCAGUGCUAUCUCAAAAUGAGAAACUUUCCGAUUACAUCUCCCUGCCAACUCCACCGGCUGAUGAUGUGGUACACCCCCUUGCCUGCAACUCUGAUUUUGAACAUACAUCUGUAGACACAGUGGCGUCCCAUGUGUCAGACAGUUCUCCUGGUGGACUCACAACACAAGAACCAGAUACCCACUGGAUAACAGCUCUGAGAGAAGCGGCUUUCUAUGCUCAGACUGAACAAGAGAGCACAGAAAUUCCAAGACCCCUCCCAUAUCUGGAGUCUCCUCAAAAAGAGUUUCAUACCCCCAAUGAGGAGGUAGCUGAUUCUCUGGGCCCAGAGCAGAGCCCUCAGGAGCAACCAGACAUUGCAACGCUACAUCCUGAAGUGCAUCUUGCAGAACGGCAAGAAGAGGUCCCCGAGCAGGCACAGGAGACAGCAGAAAUUGCCAAACAAGAAGAGGAGCGUAUUGAAGAGCAUCCGAUAAGUAGUGUAGCAAUAUUAGCACAUCAAGCUGAGCUUGCACAACCAACAAAAAACAUAGGUGAGCUUGUGGAACUCUAUGAGAACAAAGCGGAGAAGGAACCUUCACAACAAAGUCAGAAAAUAACAGAGCACCUAGAACCAGAGAAGAAGCCAAAUAGUGUACAUCCACAGGAUAAACCUGAAAAGCCAACAGAGGAAAGCACAGGAACACUGAAUGAUCCUGCUGCAGUGCUACAUGAAAGUGGACCCCUCCUCACUGAACACACAGAGAGGAGCACUGCCUUUCACAUCGCUUCACCCAGACACCCCCCACCUGCUCCCCUUCCCGAGCUCCCUGCUCCUCCACCUGCAUCCCCUUCUCCCGAGAAGACGCCACCUGCGUCUCCCCACCGGUCUCCUCUUCCUCCAGCUCCUGCUUCCCCCUCUGCACCUUCCAAUCGCCAAAGUGACGACCCCUACCCAACCUCUGCAUCUUGCCACCUCCUUCUAAGGAGCUCUGACUCUGAUGGCGCAUUCGAGACUCCCGAAUCAACAACUCCAGUAAAGGCCCCUGCAGAACCGCAGAGCCAAUCACUACCUAUUGAUGACAAAGAAGAGACCUCAGUGAGAGAUCCCUUGUCCGACUUGAUUUCGGAUGCAGUCGCCAUUGUUUUUGAUGAGGACAGGCCACUUGCUGCCAGUGGCACAUACAACAUUGAAAACUUUGCCUCAGAGUCAACAAGUCAACCACUUACUCGUUCCCUCAGCCUCCAGGGAGGAGAACUUGACACGUGUGCCUUCGAUGGAUCUGUAACACAAGGCUUUCGGCCACAUUCAGAAUCUUUCAGUGUAGGCACAGAGAGCAACCCUGGGACACUCCGCAGGCCCAGGAAAGUCCGCCCUGGAUCUGUGAAGAAGAAGCCUCUUCUGAGGCAGAACUCCAACCCGGAGAGGCCAAGUUCUACUACUAGUACCCCAGAGAUCAUUAAGUGGGCAAACCCUCAAAUCGUGACUCGGGAGGUGAAAGAAGGUGGAUGUCCUGCAGAAGGUGGGAGUCCUGCAGGAAUCAUCAGAAAGACUAGAAAGACUCAUGUAGACGCCCCACCUCCACUACCAGAAGAAAACACUCAUACUGAAUCAGAGGGAAGUCUGUCUGUCCCUUUCUUACCCUUGUACCAGGAGGAGAACCAUCUCCCCUCUACUCCCCCUGUAAAAGAAGACCCCAUCCCUCCCAGUGGCACCUAUAAAUGGGAUCCAGAGAACUUUGAGAGCAUAGACCCUUUCAAUACCGGAGGGAGUAAGAUUGCCAACUCACCGAUUCUUGGUCGUAAAGGUCCUGAAUGUGCCCCCGUUGUUACUCCGCCAGAUAGUCCUCCCAUCCCUGCUGCGAGGCGACCUCCUCAUCCAGCUUCACCUGAAGCACCAGUUAACAACCCUGAAGAGCAACCCAUUCUACCCAAACGUGAGUCUGUGAGGCUUGAGUUUGAUUACUCGGAGGAGAAUAGUGAGGUAUCCCACGCAGCUUCUCCCCUAUCUAAGAAACUGGGCAAGAAACCUGGUGCCAAAAUGCCAUUGAGGAAACCAAAGUUGGGGUUGAAGAAGGCCCAUCCAGGACAGGCUGAGCAGUUGGACAACAACCUUUCGGCAGAACACAAUGGCAACGAAGAGGAAAAGCCAAUUUCCAAAGGAUCUUACGAGUCGAAUAAGUGGGACGAUCCAAAUUGUAAUCCGUUUUUAACUAAGACAGUCAUGGCCAACUCUCCUACGGCAUCUGGGCCUUCUUACAGUUUUGAUUUUGAUGACUCUGUAGUCGACCCUUUUAAAUCCUCCAACAAGAUUUCAACCACGCCUCCUAAGGCCUCAGCCUCCUUUGAGUUGUCGUCAAAUGACGACAUUGAAAACGACAAUGACAAUAUUGGGGAGCUGGAAGAUCAAAAUCAGAACAAACCACUCAAAAAAAAGAAAACUCCUAUGAAAUCUAACACUUUUAGGGUGAAGAGGUCACCAAAGAAAUCACAGUUGUCCGACAACUCACAGGAUGCAGACGACCCCGCCUCCCUCCCGCCACAGGAUGACCACGCCACGGACGAGGAGAAGCUGGCCUCCUCCACCAGUCACAAGUGGGCAGGCUUGCAUGACGUCGAUGCAGAAUUGAUCUCUGAGCAUCAGGACUUCCCUCACCCAUCGGAUCUGACAUCAUUCGUUAAUGAGAGCAGUCUUCAGUCUUCAGUGCAAGACUAUGAAAUAGAGUACAUGGAAAAGAUUGGCUCUUCUUCACCUCCACUGUCUGUGAAGAAGCCAUCAUUAUACCUAAAUUUGGACUCAUUAUCAAACACUGUACCCAAGGAUAUACAUGCACAUGGAUCUGAGCAAAACUCACCAUGCACAGGGAGUUUUGAGGAAAUGGAGGCGCAGAUAACAGCCAGCAUGAAGACCCCAGUCCUAAGUUCCAGGCCUGGUCCUGAAGGCUCUGCGGGAGAAAAGGGCAGGAAAAGAGAAAGUGAAGUACUGAGUCGAACACAAAGUACAGAGAGGGAUGAGCAGCUCAGUAGCCAAGAGGUCCCUUCUUCAGCCCUGACCAUAUCCCUGUUAGAAAGACUGUCUGAGUCUGACGACCCUGUGCAGUACCUGGAGCCUGACCUCGCUGAGACCAACCCUAAUGCAUUCGCCCAAAAACUACAGGAGGAGCUGGUGCUUGCUGCCCUGCGGAUAGAGGCUCUGCAAGUAGCCAAACACAUCUCUCAGUGCCCUUCCCUCUCCACUGUAACCCCUCAGCACAGAGAUCUUUCUUCACCAUCAGAGAAUUCAGUAUCCAAGAACUCACUGUACGUCCGGACCGCUACCAGCUACAUCGAUGGAGAGAGUCCACAUCUUCCCAAAGAACUGGACCACUCGCUGGGAAUCGCAAAAGAAGAGAUUGUGACAAAAGAGAGGGAGGUCCUGGAGUGGAAGAGGAAAUACGAAGACAGCCGCCAGGAGGUGCAGGAGAUGAGGAGGAUUGUUUCUGAGUAUGAGAAGACGAUUGCGCAGAUGAUAGAAGAUGACCAGAAAGAGAAGUCUCUAUCCCACCACACCAUUCAACAGCUGAUUGUGGAAAAGGACCAGGCCUUAGCUGACCUCAACUCCGUGGAAAAGUCUCUGGCGGACCUCUUCCGACGCUAUGAGAAAAUGAAAGAUGUUCUCGAGGGUUUCCGCAAGAAUGAAGACGUUUUGAAGAAGUGCGCUCAAGAGUAUCUGUCCAGAGUCCGUAAAGAGGAACAGCGGUACCAAGCUCUGAAGAUUCACGCAGAGGAGAAGCUAGACAAGGCCAAUUCAGAAAUAGCUCAGGUGAGGGCCAAGUCCAAGCAGGAGCAGGCUGCUCACCAAGCCAGCCUGAGGAAGGAGCAGAUGAAAGUGGACUCCCUGGAGCGCACAUUGGAGCAAAAGAACAAAGAGAUUGAGGAGCUAACGAAGAUCUGCGAUGAGCUAAUAGCCAAAAUGGGCAAGUGUUAGCACGCAUAUGCUUUUCUGGAUCAGUUUAACACAAACAAGCCUUGGUCACACGUAAAAGUUGUGUGGGAGAAAAACAUACUUCGAAAGACUCUUAAAGCCACACUGUGCUUAAAUUUUCUACUGACCUUGUGUAUACAAGACGCACACCGAUGGCUUCCUUUUAAUCAUGCUGUAUAUUUUUGAUGUGUCACUGUAUGGGACUGUAUCAGGGGUCUAGUUUAAAGUUUUAGCAACUGUACCAUGUCAUUAAUUUGUAUAUCUGUGUGUGUGUGUGGGUGUGUGUGCGUGUGAGCAAAUAACGAUGAGGAUUGUGGGUUUUAUUGUUGUUUAUGAUGUUGCCAUGACAGCCACUGAGGGAGAAGACUGUUUUACCCCCCCCCCCCAAAAAAAAAGGAGCAGCAGCCCAUUUUAUAAAAUCAUUCAGCUCUAAGAAAAUAAAAAAUAAUCGCUAUAGUUUAUUGCAUGAAAGACAAAAAGAAUCCUUGCUUUGUCCGUUUUGGGUGCAAUGUAGAAAAUGUUAAUUAUGGAAGAGACAUUUUUACGUGCCCACUGUGUAAAACUCAGAUUAUGGAUUUGUCUGAAUUAUUUAUAGGUCCUGUAUUGUGCUUCCCUCAUGUAAUCUUGUAGAUAUUUCUUAUACUUGUCAUAGCCGUCUUGAUAAGCUCAUGGGACUUUAUUUUUCUUAUUUUAUUUUGAUAUAAACUAAAUUAAUUGUGACUAUCCAGAUGUGCCCCAGUCCUGCUUGGGUUGUUGUCACACUGACGAGUAACAUGUCUGCACAGCUGCUGUACAGCAUCUGCUUACAAAGUGCAAUAAAAGAUGGCAAUAUAA